AUUAUAUUUUUUAGAAAAUAUUCUUUCUCUAAAAUCUGUUGCGAAAAAUUGUAAUGAGAAAUUAAAGUGCGUAAUCGGCUAGUCGGGAGACCACGUGACGUCACAGCCGCCCUUCUGUCGCCCUUUCAAAGCUCGAGCUGUCAGCGUGCGGACGCGCAACCAGAAAAAACAUCAACAAACAAACAAACAAAUCAGCAAAACGCGCAGAGUUUGGGACUGUGCGGCUGUUAGAGAGCACCUCGAUUCGUUCACGCCGGUGAUCUGUGAGUUUAAAGCGAAGGAAAGGCGCGCGGAACGGAAACAUGGCCGAGCUCAUGGCCGGGUUCGGGAUCUUUACGCACGCUGUGGUUCGAGCGGUUCCUCGGUCUCUGUCCACGGAAGCACUGAGGACCGGUAAUCUGGAGGUGGACGCGGUGAAAGCCCAGCAGGAACACGAGGAGUACGUGACGGUUCUGAAGCACCGGCUCGGGCUGGAGGUGAUCGAGCUGCCCGCGGAUGAGACGCUACCGGACUGCGUGUUCGUGGAGGAUCCUGCGGUCGUAUGCGGUGACACCGCGCUCAUCACCAGACCCGGAGCCGAGAGCAGACGCGGGGAGACGGAGGCCAUGAAGAGAGCAUUGACUGAGCUCAGUCUGAAUGUCGUGGAGAUGACGGAUGAAACGGCCACGCUGGACGGAGGAGAUGUCUUGUUCACAGGUAGAGAGUUUUUCGUGGGUUUAUCCAAGAGGACCAAUCAGAGAGGAGCAGAGAUUCUGGCAGACACGUUUAAGGACUACGCCGUGUCAACGGUUCCAGUACGGCAGGGACUUCAUCUGAAGAGUUUCUGCAGUAUGGCCGGACCGGAUCUCAUCGCCAUCGGCUCCAGUGAACAUGCACAGAAAGCCCUAAAGAUCAUGCAGCAGAUGAGUGAUCAUAAAUAUGAUAAACUGACGCUUCCUGAUGAUUUGGCUGCAAACUGCAUCUACAUGAAUCUGCCCUCUAAAGGUCACGUCCUGCUCCACUGCACACCUGAAGAGUUCCCCGAGAGCGCCAAGGUGUUUGAGAGGCUGAAGGAUCACAUGCUCAUUCCAGUGUCCAAUCGGGAGAAGGUGAAGGUGGACGGCGCUCUGACCUGCUGCUCGGUCCUCAUCAAUAAGAAGAGUCAGAUGUGAUGAAUCUCCUGCUGAUGUUUCCUCUCCUGAAAGCCAUGUGACGAUCACACGAGUGCUCUUAUUGUGUCACAGUGAAGAGGGUCAUUCCUGAAACGUGAACGGAACACAUUUUUGUAAACGUCAUUUAUAAAUCUGCUCUUACCUUCCUUUUGUGGAAUUGAAUUUGUUGUUUAAAUGUGACAUUUCUGUGUACUUUGUUCUGUCUCCUCUUCACAAACUAUCUCUAGUGCAAGUGAUUUACUGUGAAAAGAAGUGUUUUUGAGAGUUUUGUAGAAAUGAUGAACAACAAUCAAGAAAUUAGUUUCUUUUGUGUGAAGAGGAAAUGAAAAAGUAAAACAUAAAAACACCAAAGCUUUUAUUAUUUGUUUUAAUUCUUACCCCCUGUAACAUGCAAAAGCUAAAACAGAAAAUAUUUUAGUGAUUGGGGAUUCUUGGACAUGUGAGAUUUAUACUCGGGACUGGGAAGGUUACUUUUAAAAUGUAUAUCACUACAGAUUACUAAAGACAUGCUUUGAAAAGUAAUUUGUAACAUUUUGGUAGAUUACAUAACUUUUUUGUUAUUUAAUCUAAAUCCUUUGUAAUAGAAAUAAGGGACAUAAAACAAAGGAUCACCAAACAGACGACUUGGCAUUCCUCUGAAUAUUAUUUUAAACAACAUCAGUUUUACAUCAUUGGACAUUAUAGUCCACAAUUCUAAGAAAAGACGUCACAAUUGUGAGGAAAAAAGAGAACUUGCAUAUUCAGUAAGGGUUAUUAAACCUAUGAGCAGAACUUUAGUUUAGGAUGCUUUUGCAGAUCAUCAAAGUCAGAGAAUCAACAGUUCCAAGUAAUCAUCUAAAAUACUUUUGGGAUGUAACUGUAAUUUGAUUACUCCCAUUUAAAAGUAACUGUCAUGAAAUACAUUUACUCAAAUUUUGUAUUUAAAACGUAACUAAGUUUUGAAUUUUGUAACUACUGCCAGAUUGCGAACUUUGACUGAAACUUUUGAUUCUCAAGUUAUGUGACGCUGUUGCUAAACAGUGGUCGGAUGUCCUUCCUCACUGUGAUGCCAUUUAAAAUGUCCAAUCGGAUGCCUUAAUCUGAUGUUAGGUCAAUGUGUGUAUGAAACAUCUGAUAUAUAUCUGUAUAUAUCUGUACACAAGAUUAGUAGAAAAUAUUACAACUUGAAUUAUUUUAUAUGUCUGUGUUUGAACUAGUAAGUGAACAUUACCUACACUAGACAACAUAGUUUUUGUAAACUUUUCUCUAGAAAAGAAGGAUCAAUUCACUGGAGGCUUCAAGUGUGUGUUGUAAUACAUCAGUUUUUUUUUUCUCUUUCAGUCGAUGAUUAAGGGGCCAGAGUCACGAUGUCCAAACAUCAGUACACUUAUAUAAAAAGAGAAAUCUUUCGCUCUGUCUCUCUCCUGAAUGCUGCUUUCAUUAUUUGUCUACAUGUCAAAUAUCUGCUGUUUUUCAGCGCGCACACAAUGUCAGCCGGUCUAAACAUUCCCAGGUCACACUGCAUGAUGUCAUGUUCACAGAGAUAUCAGUGUUUACCACUUAAACAAUCUCAUCAUGCAGAAUAAAUUCUUUCCUAGUUUCAUCAUGAGACUGAAAAAGCUUACGGAAACUUUUGAGUUUUCCUACUUUUGAUCCUUUGUAGUCUGUUGACACCAAACCCGUCUCAGGACUUUUCUGAUGCCUUCAGUAUUGUUCUUCUUUCACUUUUGUAUUUUCUAAACCUAGAUGAUUUCUGAUGUGUUUGUGGUAAAUGUGCUAUGGCCUGUCAGAUGAUAGAAAUCAGAAAAAGGUUAUUUUCCUUCUGGAAGAGUUUGAAAGACGUAAACAUUCCCUCUUUGACUUGCACUCUGUCAUUUUAGUGAACAUUUUCAUCCACUGUUAAUAUAUGGAAAAUGACACAUAAAUAAUGAUUUUAGUGAUUUCUUUGUAUAUGAAAUAUUCAGAAUGGUGCCAUACAUUUGUUAAGAUCUCUGCAGAUGGUGUGUCAGCUCUGAUAUUUUUGUUGGUUUUUGAGAAUAAAGCAGGUCUGUGUAA